CACCACUACCACCAUACAAAUGCCGCCCAUUCUGACGCCCCAGAAAUUGGGCGCCGUCGUCCUCGAGUCGGUCGAGCAUGGUGCCUACCCGGACUCGGAGCACGUCGCCUCUGCCCAACUGCCGCCCGACGCCUUACCCACGCUGCUCGACGGCAUCGAGCGCGCCCAGGAAGAAGUCAAGGGCGAGAUUAGGGCCCUGAGCCGCGACACCGCCCCCGACAUCGAUGGCUGGAUUGCCCAGGCCAAGCAGCUGCAGGCCGACAUCGAACGCUCUCGCGCCACAGCCCACGACAUUGUCCAGCAGGCCGAGGCCGGCCACUCCCUACAAGCCCACGUCCAGGAUGCCUCCAGCAAGUUUGCGCUCCUGCAGAACGAGCUCGCCUUCAACGAGACGCUGGCAGAUACGGUUGGCCGGAUAAAGGACAUUGCUGCUGUGCUGGACGAGGCGCAAGAUGCCGCCGCCCAAAACCACAUCACCGAGGCAUUGGAUAAGAUGGGGCAGGCCGAUGAGGCCAUGUCCCAUCUUGGCCCUUUCCAAGACACUGCGGUUGCCGGAAUACUGCGCAAGAGGUCGACGCAGCUGCGAGCGGAACUGGUCGACAAGGCCAUGGGCUUCUGGAACACACUGCUGGAGGUAGAUGUCGCCGAGAAGCGCGUUACCAUCAAAAAGGAAACAGAGGCUGAGACACCGAUAGACCUCGACACCGUAGUUGGCGCGCUUUCUACCCUCGGAAGCCUCGACGCUGCCAUUUCAAAGUUCUACAAGGCCCUGGACGUUGCUAUAUUCGCGCCGCGCUUCGCCAUUCAUAAUGUAAAGGACAUUGCCGGGAUGACAAUUGAAGGCGACACGAUGAAAAUAGCUAGAGGAGCUGCUACGCCUAGCAUUCUUGAGGCAGUGGAAGAUAUGCGUCAUCUGAUUACAUGGUUUGUUUCCCGUCUACCUACAACAGUAUCGAAACCUCUAUCAGAAAAGGUUGGACCCAUUCUCAUAGAGCGCCUAAUUUCAGAAUGGCUAGACCCAUCCAUACCCGUAUCCCUGGAAGGGUUGGAGCACUUCCAGAAGGUGUUGGCCUCUGUGUCUAGCGUUGCAGAUUGCGUAAGUGAGCAAGGCCUGGCAGGCCACGCCGAACUGAGGGACUGGGUGGACAAGGCGCCGCGUAACUGGCUUGCACGAAGAAAGGAAGAUGCGUUGGCCUCUGUCCGCACGCUAUGCUAUAGGGGCACCAAGACUAAGAAGGAAGUUGAGAGGGUUGAGACGCAGACCAUCUCCCAGGGUGAUGCCCUCGCGGAGACGGGAAGCGCUGGCGCCGACGAAGAAAGCUGGGACGCAUGGGAUGCUGAUGAAGAGCAAAAAUCGCAAAAAUCAGAGACCAAGCCUCAAGAGGGCGAGGCUCAGGUGGAAGAGGAGGACAUGGAUGCCAGUGCUUGGGGCAUUGAUGACGAUGAAGCCGAGGCCGACACUGCUGCCGAAGCCAAGUCUGAUAAGGGGGCAAAGUCUACCGGAGACGAGGAGGACGACACCGAGGCUUGGGGAUGGGGCGACGAUGACGAUGCCGCCGAGGCUGGUUCAGCGGGCGAUACGAAGAGCGACACUGCAGCAAAGCAGAGUCUGCAAAAGCCAAACGGCGAAGAACAACGUCCUCGGACAUCGGAGCGGGAGAUGACCUUGCGGGAGAGGUACACAGUCACAGAGGUUCCAGACGCGAUCAUGGAGAUCAUCCAGCAACUGGUCGCGGACGCCCAAAAGUUGACUGAUUCCAACUUCUCCGAUUCCCCCAUCGCUCCGGCCGGCUUUGGUCUCUACUCCAUCCCUACGCUCAUCCUUGCCAUGUACCGCGCCACCGCAGCGACCUACUACACGCACGACAUAGCCGGCAACAUGCUCAUCUACAACGACGCGACGCGGCUCACAGACUCACUGCGCAGCUUCCUGACGACGCAAGCGCAAAAAGACGUGACUUCGGCGCUGCCGCACGCUUCUCGCCCGUCGACGCGCCUCCGCCUCGACGCAGACCUCAAAGCGCUGGAGUCAUUCAGCAAGCGCGCGUACGGCAAAGAAAUGGAGUCGCAGCGCACGAUCCUGCGCGACCUGCUCGACAGCGCGCAAGGCUUCACGAACUGCACCAUCGCGCCAUUCGCGGGCGAAUGCGACAACGCGGUGGCGAUGACGGUGGACCGCGUGCGCGAAGUCGCGGCACAAUGGCGCGGCGUGCUGAGCCACUCGGCGCGGCUGCAGAGCCUAGGCAGCCUGGUGGCGACGGUGACGCAGAAGGUCAUCGUCGACGUUGAGGACAUGAGCGACAUCUCGGAAGCCGAGUCGAAGCAGCUGCGCGGCUUCUGCGAGCGCAUCUCCCAGCUCAGCGACCUCUUCCGGAACGAGGCCGGAGCGGGGGCGGGGGAGGAGGAGCCCGGCACCGCGACGGGUGCUGCGGUUGCAGGCGCAGGCGAUAUGACGGGCGUGUACACGCCUAACUGGUUCAAGUUCCAGUACCUAAGCGAGAUUCUGGAGAGCAGUCUUGCUGAUAUCAAAUACCUGUGGACGGAGGGCGAGCUGAAGCUGGAGUUUGAGGCGGCGGAGGUGGUGGAUUUGAUUGAGGCGUUGUUUGCGGAGAGCGAGUAUCGCCGCAAGGCGAUUGCGGAGAUUAAGCGCGGGAGCGUGUAUCGCUAGGUUGGUGGGUGGGUUCGGUUUGUUGGGUUUGUUGGAUAGGCU